AUGCUAGAAUCUGAACAGCAACAACAGCUGACUGACGGUAGAUCGUUGGGAAGUUGUCAGCAAACCAAUGCUGUAACCUCACAGCAGCAACAACUAACCUUUCUAGUAACUACUCAGCAGCCGCUACCCUCAGUUGGUCAUGUAAUUGGACAACCACAAUCAGUUCAGAACCAAAAUUGCUACAUCUCAACUGGACAAGUAACAAGUGCUCUGAACUGUGUAUCCUCGCCUGUACCUUCAAGAACAACACCCUCCACACCGCAUACUCAUUCGGCAAUUUCGUCCCCUUCUUCUCUUUCCGUUCAGUCGACGAAUGGAGGUCAGUGUUCCGUACAGUUGAGAGGCACUGCUUCAUGUCCGCCACAGUCUUUAUCAAACCCUUCUGCGCUAUCAUCGACUCGAGUUAACGCACCUUCUCCUGUGCAAACCUCCUCUAAUGCAAUUGGUACAGUUCCUCACUUUCAACGACAACAUUCUGUAUCAUUCACAACAGGUGCUAGCUCACAUGCGGAUCAUCUCCGCUGCACAACGAGCACGAACUUCGAUGGAGAAUACGAUAAUGUCCAUCGACAACAGCCUAUCAUAUGCGAUGCUUCGUCACAACAAAUGUAUCACAAUCUACAGCUGCACCAAGCUCGUCAACAGCAUAUUUUGCAGCCUUCUCGCAUACAGCAACAUCAUCAGCAACAAAAAUGCUUGAAACAAUCGGCAACAAUAAAUCAGCAAAACCAACAUCAGAAUUCUUUAUUGCAACAGCAACAGCAAAUGCUGCAUUGUCAACAAACCCAAGUGACAUUGCAGCAACAGCAGUUUCAAGUGUUGCAACAACCACAACAACAACAAAAUUUUCCACAUCAGCCGCAAAUCGUUCAACAGAAACAGCAGAUGCAACAGUCGCAGCAUGGAUAUGUACAGUUCUCACUGCAGAAACAAUUAAAGAAACAUUUUAUACAACAACGUGAUGAUGGUGACGAGGAAGAGGAGGAUGUGCAGCAGAGACCACUGACAGCAAAAGAAGAAUAUAGGGAGCUGAAGCAUCGCUUCAAAUUUCUCGUUUAUGAGAAUGAAUGUUAUCAGGAGGAACUGCGAAACUUGCAAAGAAAAUUGUUAAAGCUUUCAAGGGAUAAAAAUUUCUUAUUGGAUCGCUUGCUGCUCUAUGAAAAACUAAGUGAUUCGUCGGAUGAAUCGGAUUCGUCUGUAAAAACUGUCGAAGAAAAGGUGCCACCCAAAAAAAAAUCUCGUCCUCCUGCUUCAAGGCGUCGUUCAGCGAAUGCGAGAGCUAAAGGAGCAAAUAAUACCAGUUGUAUAGAUUCAGAUGCAACGAAGAUCUCAGUAAUGGAACAACAACAGCAGGUACAAAAACAAUCGUUAGAGCAGCCAUCUGAACAACAUCGGUUACCGGUGCAAGAUACAGAAACAUCCUGUAUCAGUAUUCCGGUCUGUUCUGCAGCGGAAACGGGCACUGGGGAACAGCAUACUGCUGUUUCGGUUCCUAUGUGCUGCUCAUCAGAGCGAAAUAUCAAAAGAGAAGAAACAAUGAUCGGCCCUCCAACAACUGAAAAUGCGGUGUUUGAAGAAAAUCGAAGCGUUCAAUUCUCGCCAUCUGCGUUUACUUCGUCUCGAUGA